GAAUUAAAGGCAACUCAUAAACAUGUCAAUUACUAAUAUAAUGUUGCUUAUCAUAGUGACCAGUGUAACGACAAAUUCAUUAAUACCCGAAGAUGCGCGUCUUAAUUUUACCGAGCUGAGCAUGAAAUACGGUCACAGCGCAGAAGAGCACAUAGUGAUCACAGAAGACGGAUACAUACUUACUCUAUUCCGUAUACCAGGGAAGAAACCUCCAGUAUUAUUACUGCACGGAUUAAACGACUGUUCAGACACAUUUAUUAUAAGAGGCAAUAGCUCUUUAGCUAUUACAUUAGCUAAUAAAGGCUAUGACACAUGGGCUGGGAAUGCAAGAGGCAAUAAAUACGCGCGGCAACAUACCAAACUAAACCCAGACACAGACUUAACUUUCUGGGAUCACAGUUUUCACGAACACGGAUAUUACGAUUUACCUGCUAUUAUAGAUUACAUUUUACACGCAACAGGACAUGAGACUCUUAAAAGCAUUGGACAUUCUGAGGGAACGACUGAUCACUUCGUAUUAGGAUCACUUAGACCUGAAUACAACGAAAAAAUCCAAAUCUUGAUAGCGAUGGGGCCCUCGGCGUUUUUUAAACAUUUGACGCCACCACUGUCGUUAAUAAUUGAAAUGGGUCCUUUAUUAGAUCAAGUUUCACGCCCUUUUAAAAUUGAAGAAUUAUUCCGAGAUGGAAGUCUUGAAAAAAAUGUUUUUGAAGAAUUCUGUAGCCGAAACGCUGUUUUUUGUCGUGAGCUUUUAUUCCAAGUUGGGGGACACGAUCCUAAACGACUGGAACGGGACUUUUUGCCUAUAUUAUUUAGACAUUUUCCUACAUCAGGAUCGAGAAAAGGCCUUAUUCAUUACGACCAGCUAGGCCUAAGAAAGCGCUUUGCCAAAUUCGACUAUGGCGCUGCAGGCAAUUUAAAACGCUACGGGCACACUGAACCACCGGAUUACAAUCUUACCCAAUUCACGAUGAAAACAGCACUUUUUGCGGGAAACAGUGACCUUUUGUGUGAUGUGAAGGAUGUGGGAUAUCUUCGAACCAUUCUUCCAAACGUGGUGGAGUAUCAUUUAAUGGAGUCCAAAAGAUGGAACCAUUAUGAUUUCGUUUGGGGUAAUGACAUGCCCAAGACUUUGUAUCCUCACAUUUUGAAGUUAUUGGAGAAAUUUUAAAAUUCUUUCAUA